GGUCUUAAGACUCGAGAUCUCACAAGACCUUUCACUGUCCACUUCCAAGUGUAACUUUACAGGAUACGCCAUGGCAGGACCCUCUCCAAAACUUGAGGCAAUUUUCAAGUACGUCGACGAGCAUCAGGAACUUUAUGUGAAAAGGCUCAGUGAUGCUGUUGCAAUUCAAAGUGUCUCAGGAUGGACAGAUCCUCCAUACAGAGACAACAUUGUCAAGAUGAUCAACCAAGUAAAAGAUAAAGUGAUCAGUCUUGGAGGUGAGGUUGAGUUAGCCGACCUUGGCAUGCAGCACGGUGCUGGUAUUCCACUGCCACCAGUACUCUUGGGAAUACUUGGAAAGGAUCCUGCCAAGAAAACUCUCUGUGUUUAUGGACAUCUUGAUGUUCAACCAGCAAAAGUGGAAGAUGGAUGGGACACAGAUCCUUUUACAUUGACAGAAAUCGACGGGAAGCUUUAUGGUCGUGGAUCCACUGAUGAUAAGGGUCCAGUGCUAGCAUGGCUGAAUGCUAUUGAAGCAUACCAGAAUACUGGUAAUGAGUUGCCAGUCAAUCUAAGGUUUGUAUUUGAGGGAAUGGAAGAAUCUGGCAGUGAGGGUCUGGAUGAGCUGAUCUUCGAAAGGAAGGAUACCUUCUUCAAGCCUGUUGAUUAUGUUUGCAUAUCUGACAACUACUGGUUGGGUAAAAGGAAGCCAUGUAUCACAUAUGGAUUGAGAGGCAUCUGUUACUUUUUUUUGGAGGUCAAUUGUGCAAGGAAAGACUUGCAUUCUGGAGUCUUUGGUGGGACAGUACACGAGGCAAUGACUGAUCUUAUUUACCUCCUGGGCCAACUGGUGGACCUAAAGGGGAACAUUUUGAUCCCUGGGAUCAACGACAAAGUCUUGCCCUUAACUGAUGACGAAAGAGCAACUUACACAGAUAUUGACUUUGACAAGGAGGAGUACCGCCAGGACCUUGGUCACAACAAACUUAUCCAUGACACCAAAGAGGAAGUUUUGAUGCAUCGUUGGCGAUACCCUUCCCUUUCUAUUCACGGCAUUGAAGGAGCCUUUUACGAGCCUGGUUCGAAGACAGUUAUUCCCCGAAAGGUGAUUGGCAAGUUCUCCAUCCGUUUGGUGCCUGACAUGACGCCACAAGAGGUGGACGAGACAGUGUGUAACUACAUCAAGAAUCUUCAUGAGCAAAGAGGAAGUCCAAAUACUAUAUCUGUGACUAUGGGACACGGUGGGCGGCCAUGGGUUAGUGACUACAACCACGGCAACUACCAGGCGGCAAAGAAGGCUCUUAUGACAGUGUUUGGUUCUGAGCCCGACAUGACCCGUGAAGGUGGAAGCAUCCCCGUGACUCUGACCUUGCAGGAAGCCACUGGAAAGAAUGUGAUGCUGCUUCCGCUUGGAGCGUGUGAUGAUGGUGCGCACUCACAGAACGAAAAGAUGGAUCGAAAGAACUACAUUGAAGGAACCAAGGUUUUGGCGGCCUACAUGGAGGAAGUGGCCAAAAUUGAAUGAGAAACAAAUUCCGUUGCUAAUGGUAGACACUGUAGCAGCUCAAGAUGAUUGGAAAAAAAAAUUGACAUGGAUGAAGAAUAUUUCCGAACGUAGAUAUCCCCCUGCCUCCUCUCGCUUUUUUGGGCGAUAAAAAGAGGAAAAAAUUGAAAGUCAAGAUUUGUUUUCGAUUUCCUACAGUAGCUUUAACAAUCGCCCUUCUGAGAAACGACCUGCUGAUCAAUGUCAGAUCAGAGUCUGAGCAAUAGCGCACGUAAUCCUCCCUUAACCCAACACUAGUCCCAACUUGUCAUCUGUUGACUAGCUUAGGGGAUGGGUGGGUGUGCAGUUGGUCAGAUACUGAUAUUCCCGACACUAUUUUGCCAAUUAGUUGCUUUGACGCAUAUCUUAGGUUUACUUAUCCGAGUAAGCGUUGACUAAAUACAAACACUUCUGUGAAACACGAUAAAAUAAUAAUAGUAAUGGUGAUAAAACAUACGCUGUGGCAAAAAUGUGUGAAGAUUAAAGAGAAAAAAAAAGUGUACUGAACGUAA